ACACACGCUCUAAUGUUGCCACUUGGUAUUACUUGCCACCCUGAUAAACAUCGGUUUUACUUGGUAUCAGAAAAUAGCACAUAUGUUAUUGGGGUGACUUUGGAUAAAAAACUCGUAUUGAAUCUUUACUGGGGACCUCGAUUGUACUCCAUGGACGAUAUUCCUGCUGCACAACUACAACCAGAACGUAGUUCCCAAGAUCCUGCAUUGACUACAGCACCUGAAGAAUAUCCUUAUUUUGGUGGACUAAGGUUUGGAGAAACAAGUUUAAAAGUGACAUUUCCUUCGGGGACUCGAGAACUGGAUCUUGCCUUUGUCGACCAUUACAUACACAACAGCCAUCAUUUGGUCAUAACAUUACAGGAUCAAUAUUAUGAGGAUGUAGUAGUAUGCCUUCAUUAUAAGAUAUGUGUCAAGACUGGUUUGAUUGAACGUUCAGCCACUAUCUCCAAUCGAUCAUCAUCAUCCUUCUCCUUACAUAUUGACAAGAUGCUUUCGGCAGCAUGGCAUCUCCCACCAACAAUAAACAAUAAAUCACGACAAUUGACAACGUUGAAUGGUGCUUGGUCUGCAGAAACUCAGGUGAACACUACUGUCAACCUACACACCAACAACCAAUAUACCCUUGGAUCAACACGAGGCAUUCCAUCCGCACAGGCCUAUCCUUAUUUUGCUUUGACAUCUGAAUCCAAUCUACCAAACAGACAAGAUACUUAUUUCGGUGCCAUCGCUUGGAGUGGCAAUUGGACCAUCCGUAUGGAUGUGGAUUAUCAAGGCCAGGUUCGGAUUUCCGGUGGAUUACAACCGCUUGAUUUUGGCUUGACGCUUGAGGCAGGUGAAACGUUUACCACACCAGUGUUUAUGGCAGGUUAUUCUUCUUUAGGCAUCUUUGGUGCAAGACAACUAUUACCACGUUAUCUUCAACAGGGCAAGAUCAAUCCUAUUCUUUACAAUUCUUGGGAAGCGGCGGGAUUUGAUGUGAAUAUCCAACAACAACUAGAUUUGGCAAAUGAAGCUGCAAAACUUGGGGUGGAACUGUUUGUUUUGGAUGAUGGUUGGUUCCGUGGACGUACUAGUGACAAGGCUGGACUUGGGGAUUGGUUCUAUGAUGAAAACAAGUUUCCUAAUGGUCUCAAACCUUUGGCUGAUCAUGUUCAUUCUCUUGGUAUGAAGUUUGGUCUCUGGUUCGAACCUGAAAUGGUCAAUCCCGAUUCUUCGCUUUAUCGAGAACAUCCAGAUUGGGUAUAUCAUUAUCGUGAAAGACCUCGUAGUGAAGCAAGGCAUCAAUUAGUAUUGGAUCUUACAAAUGAACAAGUACGGUCUUAUAUCUAUGAUCGACUCAGACACAACAUCAUGGAGAUUGGAGUGGAUUAUAUCAAAUGGGAUAUGAAUCGACCUAUUAGUGAAGCUGGCUCUCAACUACUUAAUAAUAAUAAUACACCAUUUGGUCAAGAUGAACGUGAUGCUCGGGAAGUGUGGAUAUCUCAUGUGAAUAUGUUUUAUCAUCUACUCAAACAAUUGAAAACUGAUUUUCCUGGAUUACUGAUUGAAUCUUGUAGUAGUGGUGGUGGGCGAGCUGAUCCUGGGGUAUUGAAGAUGGUGGAUCAAUGUUGGGUGAGCGACAAUACGCAACCUGAUGCAAGAUUGAUUAUACAACAUGGUAUCUCAUCUGUAUUACCACCAAGUAUGAUGAGUUGUUGGGUGACAGAUAUGCCACAAGAGGAUCCUGGUUACAAAUCUAUACCAUUAUCAUAUCGAUUUCACGUGGCUUUCAUGGGUGCAUUGGGAAUUGGAUCAAAUAUCUUGAAAUAUACUGAUGAACAAAAAACAGAAGCGACAAACUGGAUCAAGCUAUAUAUCAAAUUACGACAUAUAUUACAAUUGGGUGAUCUUGAUUGGUUACAUGCGGAUCAUACUCGAUUCUUGGUGACUAUGACAACUAUACCUAAUGAAGCCGUGUUAUUGGCCUUUCGACCUUCUAGUCCCUUUUGGUUUCCUAUUCCACCUAUUCGUUUACGGAAACUCGACCCCAAAGCAAAAUACGAACUCGAAUUAUGGACGACUCACAAUGAUAGUCAAGUGGAAACUUACUCUGGUGCUAACUUGAUGUAUAAAGGGUUGGAUCUACCUUAUUUGACUAGUGGCGCGUACAAAAGUGUAGUGGUUUGGAUCAAGAAGAUAUCAGAUAGUUAGUCUUGACUCUUAGUUUAAUUACAUAAGGUCCAGUUGUUUUAUAUAUGGAAUAAAUCGUCUCGUUCAACGCGGUGCUUGAAAGUUGUUCCUCAUUACUGUAA